CCCAGUCUAUAUCGCGCGCCAUCACACAGCAUGAUCGACCUGAGUGUAUCCCGGAAAGACCUGCGACUAAAACGCAUAAAGUCACGCGACACGGUACAUUCGAACGUGCACUCCAUAUCGGAGAACACCAUCGAAUCCAAUGAGAGCGAUAACACAGACCAUUUGAUGGGAAAGCUUCUGCGACGCACAUCUAUGCCUACUUUCACCUCCGCGUCGGACCCACCUCCAUACCCUUCCUUUGACCCACGUCCGCCAAAAAGCGCACCUCCAAUCAUGUCCCAUGAGGACGAAGGUCGCGAGCGCCUACCGCCAUACAGCAAUUCGCUAUAUAUCACUGCUAUUAUGCCGCGCAAGAUGGAGUUCAGCUCGCCCGGGAUUCAGGCGAAGGACAGGAAAUGGAAACGUGUGUUCUGCGAGCUUGAAGGGACGACACUCCGCGUGUACAAGUGUCCUCCAGGCGCGAGUGGGGCGGGCAUUAUCGGCGAGUGGUGGGAGAGACGUGUUGGCGUAGGUGACCUAACUAGUGGA